AUGGAUUCAGCCAAGGAACCCAAGUCCUACAAAGACCAGCAAAGAAUCGUCGCCCUUCGCGCUUCGAUUGCAAGCCUAGAAGCUAAGCAUGCGGUUUUAGAAGCCGAUCUAACUACAAUGACCACGCAGCUUAUUAACGAUCCUAAUACCACGUGCGAGCGGUAUACCAAGCUCUUGCAUGAGUACAAUGAUAUCAAGGAUGUUGGACAGGGGUUGAUGGGGCUUAUUGCUGAUGCGAGGGGGGUGAGGCAGGUUGAGGUGGAGAGAGAGUUCGGGGUUUCGGAGGAGGAUUGA